AGUCCGAGAGAAGGAGUGGCAUCAUGCAGUUUCUGGUAGCAGUGGUCAUCUUGGCUUUAGUAAAAUCUUCCCAGCAAGUGGAUUACUGUAGCGCCUCGUUAUGCCCGGAUGGAGGUCCCCACAUUGCUUGUAAGGGACUGACAGCGCUGGCAACGUCAUGCGGAGCAGGAGCACAGGAAGUAGUGCUGGACUCGAGCAAACAGGCUCUAAUCCUGGACUUGCACAACCAGCUUCGCACCAAAACUGGUACGGGAAAACAGAAUUAUACUGCCACAAAAUUCUAUCCGCAGGCAGCUCGAAUGGCCACAAUGGUUUGGAAUUCAGAAUUGGCAAGUAUUGCGGCCGCCAACGCACGUCGAUGCGUUUUCAGUCACGAUGCGUGCCGAAACACGGCAACGCUUCCAGCAGUUGGGCAGAAUAUUGCCAUAAAAAGCUACUACGGCAAGACAUAUUCCGAUACUGAUCUGAUAAAAGGUUUUAUUGAUGCAUGGUUUUCGGAGGCAGCCUACGCAAAUCCCGACUUAGUUGCAAACUAUCCAGAAGAAUACAAUGAGACAGACACAUUAAAUAUUCUUAAAUGAUUUUAUUAAAUUAUUGGUAUUUCGAAAUAGAGCUGUAAUUGGCCAUUUCACCCAGAUU